AUGGAAAGAGUGAGGGGAGGCGGCCGGCAGCCGGCAGCAGAGCGAAGGCUCGGUUCGGCACUGCGCUGCGUUAGCGGCCGGGCGGCGGGCAGCGAUGUCCAGCGUUGGCUUAGGGCCCUUGGGAGCCCUCGUGUUCCCCUGAAGCAGUUUGUUUCAAAGCAGGUGGAGUGGCCGCCCAGUCUGUUGGAGGUGCCCGCUCACACCAAGCUGGACUACACGGUGACCGACCUCCGUGGCGGCCCGCAGCCUCCCUCGCCCUAUGAAGAACGCUACAGGAAAACCGCUUUCAAGGGUGGUGCGCUGGCCGGACAGCUGACCGCUGUCGGGAUGCAGCAGAUGUUUGCCCUGGGGGAAAGGCUGAGGAGGAGCUACAUGGAGGAAACCAGCUUUCUCUCACCAGCAUUUAAGCCUGCUGAGGUCUUUAUCCGUUCCACUAAUAUUUUCCGGAACCUGGAAUCCACGCGGUGCCUGCUGGCUGGGCUGUACCAACAGCAAAAAGAAGCUUACUGCUGGUGCUUGGAUCUGUUGCCAUCAAUGCUGCAAUUUCAGACCUACUGAGGAGGUUUGCAUUAACUGCACUUCAGAAUCAAGAGAGCAAAGAGUUCCAGGUCCAGUGUUUACAAGAUGCACUGUCACAUCUGAAAAAACUUUGAGGCUCAGAGUCUCUCAGCAGUAGGAGUACCAAGAUCCUUUGCAAGUUCAGUAUCUGGAGUAACUUUCAGCUGUAUCUGAUAGUUGACAACUACUUGUAUGUCCUAGAAAUACACUCUGGAUUUUUAAGUUCUCACCUCUGCUCCCUCUGUAUUGAGUUCCAGGAACAAAUAACAAAAGUGACCUGGCCAGAGAUCAGUACGCUUCAUGACACAGAAACUCAUUUUUGACACAUACAUCAAACACUAAAAA